AUGGUAGAUAUAGCUAAGAAAAAUAAAACGGAAAAUUCUAACAUAAAUGACGAUGUAGCUACCACAACCGAUGACAAUAAGAAGAUUAUCAUUUUGAAAAAUGAUGUUAUUCAAAAACCUCAUUGUGGCUUGGUUAGCGAGCAAGUUGUUAGCAAUCAAGAUCAAGACGAAUACCAGUCUAUUGAUCAACAACCAAUGGAACUUGUAAGAGACUUUGUUAGCGAGGAAGUUGUUAGCAAUCAAGAUCAAGACCAAUACCAGUCUAUUGAUCAACAAACAAUGAAAAUUGAACCACAUUGUUCCUCUGUGAACCAGCAAGUUGUUACCGAUCAAGAUCAAGGAAAACUUCAAUAUAUUGAUCAACAAAAUAUGGAAAUUGACGUAGGGGACAACAAAAGCGACAUAACCGAUCCUUUUGCUACUGAUUCAGAUAAUUCUUACAGAACAGAAAGUGACAAUGAAACCAGCGAGUCAGAGAGAGAAACACAAAAAAGGAAAAAAAAGUCAAGAAAAAGAGUCAGAAAUGAGUUAGGGUGGCAAGUAUCUAAAAGGAAGGUUGCAAGAGCAAAUGGCCAAGAAUAUAAAACAAAAAAGAAUAAAAUUGUCCAGGCAAAAAUCUUGAAAGAACCAUGUAGAUGCAAGAAAAAGUGCUAUGAAAAAUUUAGCCAUGAGGAAAGGAUAAGUAUUUUUAAAGACUUUUAUUCUUUGACAUAUAAUGAACAAACUCAGAUUUUGUCAAGUUCAGUUAGGGAAUUUAAAAAGCGUCGAUGCACUAAACUUGAAGAAGACAGCAGAAGAUCAUUUAGUCAUACCUAUCUACUGAACAAAGGAGGAUUACCUAUAGAAGUUUGUAAGGUGAUGUUUAUGAAUACUCUGGAUGUAAGUUUUAAAAGAGUAAGAUAUACGAUUGAGAAGUGUAGGCUUUCUAUAAGCGGAAUAUGUGGACCAGACCAAAGAGGGAAGCAUGGCAACCACCAUAAAAUAUCAGAUGAAGAUAAAAGUUUUGUAAUCCAACAUAUCUCUAAAUUUCCAGCUUACAAGAGUCAUUAUUCUCGAUCGCAUUCAGAGAAACGAUACUUAUCUCCCGAUUUAAGCAUUCAACAAAUGUAUAGGCUUUAUAUCGAAUAUUGUAAAGAAGCGGAAAAAGCUCCGGUGUCUGACCACUACUACCGAAGUAUUUUUGUGUCCAAUUUCAACCUUUCGUUUCAUCCACCCCAUAACGAUACCUGCAGCAAGUGCGAUAAGUUAAACAUCUUAAUAAAAUCUUCCGCUGAUGAAGGACAAAAAAUAGACUACGAACGAGAAAAAAAAGAACAUUUAGAUGCAGCAGAGAAGGCGUACAAUGCAAAAAGGAUUGACAAAGAAAAAAGUAAACAAGAUGAAACUAUAGUAACGGCAAUGUUCGACUUACAAAAAUGUUUACCGACUCCCCACCUAAAAAGUGGAAUUGCCUUUUAUAAAAGGCAGUUGUGGGUUUUCAACCUAACAAUAUACGAGGUUACAAAAUCCAACGGAAAUAGAUCUUUUUGUUUCAUGUGGGACGAAACCACUUCAAACCGUGGAGGACAGGAAAUUGCAUCAUAA